CCGGGAGCCGAUCUUGUUUGUUGACGCGGACGUCCAAACAACCUUUCGUCAAUCUUGCUCACCAUGCUCCUCGAGGGCUAGAGCAGAGUUAAAUCGCUGUCUUCAUAUCGACAAUGACCUCGUAUAAAAUUUCUUCUCUCGUUGGCAACACUCACUCCCGGGCCAUCUCGAACUUUCGCCUGUUCAAGUUAAUGCUUACAUACGACGCGAGCGAUUCGGAGAUAGUUGCGAUUCAACGAUCUCUCAGGCGUGUAGGCGCUGCUGUGAGACCAGGGGCGUUUAUGGUUGAUGAGUACCCUCUAUUGAGAUAUCUCCCUUUGUAUCGUCCAGAGCUGCGUUCAUGGACGCCGAGGAGCUUUCGUUGUACCGAAAUCAAGUUGCAGGCGUCAGGAUACGGUCCAGCCUUACUUUUCGAAGUAUCUCCUUGAGAAUCAAGCCAAGCUCCGGCUGAACUACGACGAGGUCGUAUACCUCGUUGUUACGAUGUUCGGUUCCGGAUCUACUACCACGGC